UAUCUCCCGUGUAUUUUGGGGGUUGUGUGUGUGUGAGUGUGUUUGUUUGUGCCCUUGCAGUACAGAGGACUGAUAACUCCCCAGGAUGCAUCGGCUGCUAGUGGUGACCUCAGUGCUGGUGGCACUCUGCUGUCUAGAGAGUGUGGAUUCUUCCGCUUAUGACAAGAUAGUCAGCCACAGUCGCAUACGGGCCAGAAAUGAAGGACCCAAUAUGUGCGCUCUGCAGCAGGUCCUGGGGACUGAGAAGAAGUACUUCAGCACGUGUAGGAGCUGGUACAAACGCUCCAUCUGUGGCAAGAAGACUAUGACCAUAUACGAGUGCUGUCCUGGGUACAUAAACCUGGAGGGCAUGAAAGGAUGCACUGGAGUGGCUCCCAUUGAAAAUGUGUAUGAUACACUGGGGCUCGUAAAGGCUACAACCACACAGCAAUAUUCUGACAUUUCCAAGCUGAGAGAGGAAAUUGAAGGCGAAGGCUCCUUCACCAUGUUUGCACCUAGCAAUGAUGCCUGGGAUCAGCUUAACCCUACUGCACGGUCUGCACUGGUGAGCAAUGUGAACAUAGAGCUGUACAAUGCUCUUCACUUCCACAUGGCGAACCGGCGUCUCCUGACCAAAGACUUGAAGAACGGCAUGACUGUAGCUUCCAUGUACAAUGACCUGGAGUUCUUUAUAAACCACUACCCAAAUGGGAUUGUGACAGUGAACUGUGCCAGGAUCAUCUACGGUAACCAGAUGGCCACGAACGGUGUGGUGCAUGUGGUUGAUCGGGUCAUCAGCCCUGUGGGAAGCACCAUCAAGGACAUCCUUGAUAACACUGAGGAGCUCUCCUCCUUCAGCGCUGCAGCACUGGCUUCUGGCAUGAUGGACAAGCUGGAUCAGCCUGGUCACUAUACUCUGUUUGCUCCCACUGAUAAAGCUUUUGAAAACUUGAACCCAGGCUACUUGGAGCGUGUCAUGGAUGACAAAGCUGUUGUUACAGCCUUGGUGAACUACCACCUGUUGAACAGUGUCCAGUGCUCUGAGGCAAUCAUGGCAGGAUCAGUGUAUGAGACCGCGGAGGGCAGCACCAUAGAAAUUGGCUGUGAUGGUGACAGUCUGACAGUCAAUGGCAUCAAGAUGGUGCUGAAGAAGGACAUUGUCGCCACCAAUGGCGUCAUCCACCUCAUUGACCAGGUGCUCGUCCCUGACUCAGCCAAGGAAGUGAUGGAGCUGAUGGGAGACUCCCAGACAGCUUUCAGUGACCUGGUGUCCGAAUUGGGCUUAGCCUCUGCCCUUGGUCCACAGACAGAGUACACGCUUCUUGCUCCUCACAACGAUGCCUUCACCAAUGAGGUGAUGUCAACAGACCAGAGUGUGCUGAGAUUCAUUUUGGAGAACCACAUCUUGAAGCUGAAAGUUACACUGAGUGAGCUCUACAGUGGACAGCUGCUGGAAACACUGGCUGGAAGUCUGCUCAGAGUCUUCAUUUACCGCACAGCUGUGUGCAUAGAAAAUGCAUGUCUGAUCCGUGGCAGUAAGGAGGGAAGCAAUGGGGCCCUCCACCUUAUUAGGUCUCUCAUCAAACCGGCCAAGAAAAGCAUGUACCAGCUCCUGGUUGCUGACGGACGGUUCAAGAUUUUCCUGUCACUGAUGGAGACUGCAGGUCUGACUGAUCUGCUUAAGCAGGAAGGUUCUUACACCAUCUUUGCACCAACUGACGAUGCUUUUGAUGGCCUCAGUAGAGAGGACUUAACCCUGCUCAAAAGCGAUCUGAAUGUUCUGAGAACCAUUCUGCUGUACCACUUCAGUAAUGGUGUCUUCAUCAAUGGAGGAUUAGAGAGAGGAGUUACCAAUCUGCUCAAAACGCUCCAGGGCAACAACUUGCAAGUUUUGUCUGUAAAUAACUCUAUUCAUGUCAACUCUGUGGACAUACCAGACAGUGACCUGAUGGCAACAAAUGGUGUGAUCCAUGUAGUGAAGAAUGUUCUCUAUCCUGGGGACCUUCCCGUGGGCCGCCAGGACCUCCUGGUCUUGCUGAGGAAACUGAUCAAGUACAUCCAGUUAAAGUUUGUUUCUGGAUUUUCUUAUGCUGAGGUCCCACUCACUUUCAUCAAGAAGACCAUCACAACUACUCAUUAUGUUGAAACAGUCCCUGAUGUAACAAAGGUGGUCAGAGUCAUUGAACAGCCACCCGUCAACAAGGUAACAAGAGUCAUCGUAGACCCAACAAUGACCAAGGUAACAAGAGUCAUUGAAACGGAACCAGCAGUUACUAGGGUGGUUGUCGAGGGGAAGCCAGUGAUCGUCGAGGGGGAACCUUCCAUUACCAAGGUUACAAGAGUUAUUGAGGGUGGAGAGUUUGAUGCAGAUGGGAGAAGACUUACAGGCGCAGACUUAUCUAAAAUCACCACCAUCCAUGGCAACCCAUUUAUGGUCGAUGAGGAAUCAGAGAGAAUUACCAAAAUCAUUCAAGGCGGAGCUGUUAGGAGAGCUCCAGCUGGAGUAAGGAAAUCAAGACUUACCAGGCGUCACCACAAGCCAAGGGAGUAAGUCCAACAGAGAUUUAAAAAAGAAAAAAAAAAACAAACAAAAAAACAAAACAACAACCUUUGGGCUCACCGCAGAGACUGAAUGCAUCUCUGGCACUCCUGGUCGAGUGUUGGAGGAUUGAAAAACUGUGGACCAACAGGGAGAAAUCUAAUUAAUCUAGCUUUGCUCAAACCACCAAUAAAAAUGAUCGUUUACUAUUCCAUCUGGACCAUACUGUAUGUGAUAGGCAUUGUGUGUAAUAGCAACGCAAUUACAUUAGAAUACCCUUCAAGUAAGUAAUAUAAGUGUGCAUGAGAAAUAUGAACAUUCUUUUCUGUGGGGUUGAUGGUGUGUAAGGUCAGAUAUAUUUUACCACAGUUUGCUUUUUUUAAAAAUCAUGUUAUUUUGUAAUUUUGGCUUGGGAAGAUUUUUCUAUGCUUUCUAUGGUGCUGGCAUUCUGUAAAAUGGAUGCUUUUUAAUGAAUACGACAAAUGAAACAGUGUCAAACAGUGUUUUGCUACCAUUUGAUGCUGUACUGUACCUCUGUAAAUUAUCACAUGGUAAUUAAAAAUACAGUGAAUUUUUAUACAGUUUUCAGUAAUUAUAUCAGUGUAUUUGUUCUUAUCCCUCAUUUCAAAAUGCUCCUUAAUUACGUACCAAGUGC